UCAGUCAGUCAGUCAGUCAGUCAGUCCGAGUGCCGCCCAAUGCUUCACCCACAGUGUAUACAAAUUGUCUUGGCCUUGACACGGUUAAAUUUGUAAUAUCUGCUCAGAUAUAACAUAUAUAGCCGGUUAAUCCAUUUCGCUUACUCCCAGCUAUGUCGGAGGCUGCCACGCCCACGACAGCAACGCCCGCGAGUAUUUACGAUCCCAGCGCCGAGGCGGCCGAGAAGGCGGUUUGCUUUCGUGGGAUUUGGGCGUGGCUGGUGCUGAUUCUGCUCGUCGCUCUCGCCGUCGCGUUCGUCAUGUGGCUGCUGCGGCAGAUUAUCCAGGGUCCGGCCUACCGCAAGCUGAAUCGCAUCGAUGGCAAGGUGGUCAUCGUCACCGGCUGCAACACGGGCAUUGGCAAGGAGACGGUGCUGGAGCUGGCGCGUCGCGGCGCCAAGAUCUACAUGGCCUGCCGCGAUCCGGCGCGUUGCGAGGCGGCGCGCAUUGAGAUCAUUGACCGCACACAGAAUCAGCAGCUGUACAAUCGUAGUUUGGAUCUGGGCUCGCUGGAGUCGGUGCGCAACUUUGUGGCGCGCUUUAAGACGGAGGAGACGCGUCUGGAUUUGCUGAUCAACAAUGCCGGCGUCAUGGCCUGUCCACGCUCGCUGACCGCCGACGGCUUUGAGCAGCAGUUCGGCGUCAAUCAUUUGGGUCACUUUCUGCUGACCAAUCUGCUGCUGGAUCGGCUCAAGCACUCGGCGCCCAGUCGCAUUGUGGUGGUCAGCUCGGCGGCGCAUCUGUUUGGGCGCAUUAAUCGCGAGGAUCUAAUGAGCGAGCGCAAGUACAGCAAAUUCUUUGGCGCCUACAGCCAAUCCAAGCUGGCCAAUAUACUCUUUACGCGCAAGUUGGCGGAGCUGCUCCAGGGCAGCAAUGUCACUGUCAACUGCUGUCAUCCGGGCGUAGUGCGCACCGAGCUCAAUCGUCACUUUGCGGGUCCCAACUGGGCCAAGAGCGCGCUCAAGUUUGUUUCGUUGUUUGUCUUCAAGACGCCACGCGCCGGCGCUCAAACAUCGCUGCGUCUUGCGCUGGAUCCUGGUCUGGAAUGCUCCACGGGCAACUACUAUGCGGACUGUCUGCGUUUUCCGCUUGUGCCCUGGGCACGCAAUAAGGACAAUGCCGACUGGCUCUGGCGCGAGAGCGAGAAGCUGGUGGGACUGCCGCCCAUUGAGGCGCCGCCGCCGCCGCCGUCGGCAGCGCAGAACGGAGCGCCAAGCGCUGCUGCGGAGUCUAUAGAGUCUGUUGUAGUGGAGCGCAGCAGCAGUUAGAACAAGUUUAAAAAUUAAAUUAUAUACUAUUAUAACAACAAUUUUGUAUGCCAAGGAUAAGCAGCUAGCAGUUCAAACAGGUUCUUUUUUUUUUUUAAACAAACUUAAUUUUUUUUUUAAUUAAGCUGACAAUUUAUAUAAAAGUGAGCAACAAUAAACGUAAAUUUCAUAUGCUAG